CUCUCUCUCUCUCUCUCUCUCACACACACAUUCCUAAUUGUGAAGGUUUUCUUCUUUUAAUUUUCUCCAUCCAUCUCUCUUUGCUUCUCUUGCUAUUUAUUGCACCACACCCACUUUCAUAUAGUUGGGUUCUGAGCCAAAGUUUGAAGCUUUGGUUUGGAUUUAGUGGCAAAGUUUGAGUCUUUGGAGAUAAAGGUGGAGUCCUUGGAUCACAGAUCGAAUUUGGUGGGGAAAUCAGAGGUGGUUUGAUGGUUUUGUGAAGGGUUUUGUUGACUUUUUUUGGAACAGAGAAUUUGAUCAGUGAAGAAAAGUUUUCAGAUUUUUUUUUGGUGAAUGGUGCAUGAGAAUAUAAACAGUGGGUGAAUUUUCCAAAGCUUGUGGGUUUUUGGAUUUGAAGUUUGAGGUUUUGGGAGGGGUUUGGGUUUCCAGGGGACUUGCAUGGGUAAUCUUUGAAGGGUCCUCUGCUCAGCUGUGGAGGAUCCUUAUUUAUAAAGCAAACCAAAAACAGGGGUUGGGGGUUUGGUGUUGGAUUUAGGAAGAGUUAGUGGAUUGUGAUAAACAGUGAUUGGUUGGUGGAGUUGAGUUUGAGUUUGAGUUUUGAAGUUUGUGUGGAAAGUUUAGACUUUGAGUUUUAGCUAGCUUGGUGGGAAAUGUUUGGUUCUGGUGGUACGGCAUACCAAAGCAGUGGACUUCCAGGACCCAUUUUAAUUCCGACCCGGUUUGUGUGGCCUUAUGGGGGAAGAAGGGUGUUUCUCAGUGGCACUUUUACAAGGUGGUUAGAACAUAUACCAAUGUCUCCAAUGGAGGGGUGCCCUACUGUGUUUCAAGUUGUUUGGAACCUAACACCAGGAUAUCACCAGUACAAGUUCUGUGUUGAUGGAGAAUGGCGACAUAAUGAACAACAGCCUUUUGUAACUGGAAAUUGUGGAAUAGUGAAUACCGUCUUUCUGCAAGGGGAGCCAGAUGUAGUUCCUACUAGUUUCAUUCCCGAGACUUCUGGCAGAGCCAAUAUGGAUGUAGAUAAUGAAGUCUUUACGCGUGUGGAAGUAGCUCCUAGGAUCUCGGCAGCUGAUUUGGAGGUCUCUCGCCAUUGUAUAUCAGUGUUUCUAUCCACACAUACUGCUUAUGAAUUACUUCCCGAGUCAGGCAAGGUCAUUGCCUUGGAUGUCAGUUUACCAGUGAAGCAAGCAUUCCAUGUCCUACAUGAACAGAGAGUACCUGUGGCUCCUCUAUGGGAUUUCGAAAAGGGACAAUUUGUAGGAGUUCUUAGCGCAUUGGAUUUCAUCUUAAUUUUGAAGGAGCUUGGGAAUCAUGGGUCAAAUUUGACAGAGGAACAGCUGGAGACUCAUACUAUAGCAGCAUGGAAAGCGGGAAAAUUAAACUUGAACAGACAACUCGAUGGAAAUGGGAGAUGCUAUCCGUCACAUUUGAUAUCUGCGGGGCCAUAUGAGUCUCUCAAAGAAGUUGCUAUCAGAAUUCUGCAAAACAAGGUGGCUACAGUUCCAAUUGUUCAUAAUUCCUCAGAGGAUGAUUCAUUUCCACAGCUAUUGCAUGUUGCCUCCCUUUCGGGAGUACUAAAAUGCAUAUGCAGGCAUUUCAGACAUUCUUCUACCUCCUUGCCAAUACUCCAACAUCCUAUAUCAGAAUUCCGUAUAGGCACAUGGGUUCCAAAUGUUGGGGAGUCAAAUGGAAGACUGCUGGCAAUGUUGAGACCAAAUUCAUCUCUUGCUGAUGCCCUGUCUUUGUUGAUACAAGCGGAAGUUAGUUCAAUACCCAUAGUGGAUGACAAUAAUUCGUUGCUGGAUGUUUAUUCACGAAGUGAUAUUACUGCUUUGGCAAGAGAUAAAGCUUAUACACAGAUUCAUCUUAAUGAAUUGACUAUCCAUCAGACCUUGCAACUCGGGCAAGAUGCAAAUUCUCCUUAUGGCUUCUUCAGUGGUCAAAGAUGUCAAAUGUGUUUGCGAUCUGAUUCCCUGCAUAAAGUGAUGGAGCGGUUGGCGGAUCCAGGAGUCAGGAGACUUGUGAUUGUUGAGGCUGGAAGCAAGCGUGUAGAGGGCAUCAUUUCAUUGAGUGAUGUGUUCAAGUUCUUGCUAGGUGUAGCUUAAAUCAGCUUUGCGGUGGAAGAUUUGGAGGCCAUUUUUUGUUCCUUUGAGUUAACAGGGGUUCCCUUAAAUCACCAAAAUUCUAGGCCUCGUGUUCCCUGAACCCCACAAGUAGGAUUAGGAAUUUCAAGGAGAAAAAAAAAGACAGAAUCUGUAAAUUAUGAGACUUAAUUUUUUCCCCGUUCAUUGGUUUAAUCCUAUAGUUAACAACUUGGGUGUUAA